AUGGCGAUCGUGAGCCCUAACUUUUGCGCACCGUACCCGAUAGAGUUGGGAAUUGUACGAAAGGUAAUGACGAUAACAGAUGGUAACUUCGCCGUCACAGACGCUAACGGAAAUCUCCUGUUCAAAGUCAAAGAGCCUUUGUUUAGUCUUUCCGACAAAAGAAUCUUAUUGGACGCAUCGGAUACUCCAAUCUUAACUUUGAAAGAAAAUAAGGUGAGCUUGCAUGAUAGGUGGCAAGUAUUUAGAGGAAAAAGCACAGACCAAAGUGAUUUGGUUUACACAUUGAAAAGAUCGUCGAUGAUUCAAUUGAUGAAACCAAAACUCGACGUUUUCUUGGCUCAUAACAAAGAAAUGAAAGUAUGUGACUUCCAUGUUAAAGGAAGUUGGAUCGACCGGUCAUGUGUCGUCUACGCCGGAAAAUCUGAUGCCAUUGUUGCUCAGGUAAUCAAUAUUUUUCAUCAAUAA